AGAUAUAAGAAUAAUGUGUCUUUCCUAUGUUUCAGUUAGAACAUAGUCUGCUACUAAAAGUAUAAUUCCUCUCUAGUAAAAGAAUCGUGGAUUAUUCGAAUUGUUCGAAGUAAUGCAUACUUUCAUAUAUAAAUAUCAGCAGUUACCGUUUAAGAAAGUUGUUGCCACAACGUCGUUUUGAAAAAUAUUAAUAACUUCGUUUAAGAGCGAUUCGUUAUCUUCGAUGUUCAUCUAAUAAAUGAACUAUAAUCAGUCACCAAAUGAAAUGAUAAGAUUAUAAUAUCAUAAAUCGACGUACCUUUUUAAAAAGUAUCAAUCUUUUUUCUUUAAAAUCGUUUCUUCCUUGAAAGCGUCGUAAUUGUUCCUUGGCGGUACAGUACAAUUCAUAGAGAAGUAAGCCUCAAAUUUUGAAAAACAUUAUGUAAAUUUAUCUCUCCUGUUUACAGUUUGUAUUAUUUGUAUUAUUUAAUGUUAUACUUUACUACCUCUUUUUCUACAUUGUCCACAGCCCAAGAUAUUUAAAAUUGAUAACAAGUCUGUGCAGAAGGAAGAUUUAAUUGCUAGUUCGGCAUCUGUUAAAUCUAAAUUAAUAUAAAUAUGUUGAACUCCUUCAUAUUGAAGAAUACCAAAGUUAUAUUACAUUAUAUUAUGUGACUUGAUUAUUUAGGAAGCAUAUACGUAUAAUCGUAUUUAAAAUAUCAUCAUACCUUCCCAUAAUAGAUCUUCAGUUUUACCGAAAUAAGAAAUGAUACUAUACUUAAUAUCUGCCAUUAGAUAAUUGGAUGGUGGAACUAAGAUCGAAAGUUCUUUCUGUAAAAAUUUUAACAUUUCCCGGGGAGGUUUGGAUAUAUUUUCUUGUAAUAUAGCCGAUAAACCUGAACGUAUCGAAUGAAUCUAGAAAUAGAUAAACGAGCAUUAUCGCGUACAAUUUCUAAAGCGUAAAAAGGUAAUUCUUAUAUAAUGCAAACUGAUAUAAUACGUUAGUUGAAAGAAUAAACAAACUUGUCUUGAUUUAAUAAUAGUUUGGCAUCUGUUACACAUCCAAACGGAUUCGUUGUUAAGAGGAUCACAAGGUAAUAAAAUACCAGAACAAUAGUCAGCUGCACAGUAUAGUGCACUUAAUAAUGAUCCAUAUUCCUGAAGAUUAUAUGAUGCGACUUGCCUUUCUUAACAAUAUACAAUACGUUUGUUAUACUCAUAUUGUCAUACCUCACAAUCAUUAUUCAAGUUUUGAUGACAUUGGAAUAUAGCCAAGACAUCGCGUUGCUCAUCAUCAAGCGAAAUCGCUCUUACUGCCAAAAGUGCACGUAAUAAAUCCAUAGACCAAGUCGAACCGCAAGUUGGCCCUAAUUUUCUCAAAUAUUCACACUCAUGUUCCAUGUGUUUCUUUGAAUCCUCGCAUAUUUGAGAACAUAUAGGAAGACCGCAUCCGCGAUCGCAAGGGAAAAGAGGACAUUCGUUUUUGUAACAAGAUACGCAUAAUGGCAAAUACUUUUCGGAAUUUCGUGGUGAUAUUAAGAGAGCAUUGUCUACAAAUAUUAAUUCUCCUGCCUCGAUAUCACGAGUUGCAAACAGUCCACGGCCUUCGAAAGAUGAAUAACCGACGGUCCAGGCCUGUGAUUCAUCGGACAAUAAUGCAUGUCUUUUUAAAUGAUUUUUCAAGACCAUCUCUGUCUUCUUCGGUUCCACGACACUCAUGAUACGAACUUUGAGAAAGGUUGAAAAGAAUGAAUGAACAAUUCGAGUCACGGUUCUUACUCGAAGGUAUAAACUUCUCGUCUGUGCAUGAUAUCUUUAUACACUGCGUAUAUUACAACAUUGCGUUCUUACAUAAUAUAUCUGUUCGUAUAUGUCGUAAAUGUUGUAUAUGUACAUGAACUAUUUCAUCUUUUUCAGGGGUGCAAUGAAACUAAAAUCUAUAUCGCGUUUAGUGUGAUAUAACGAUUAUCAUCAUUGAAUCACACACGUGGCAAAAGUUAUUGGAAUUCUAUAUAUAUAUAUAUAUAUAUAUAGAUUUUAAUAUGAGAGCGAGUUAUGCUAUUUUAAUAUAAAAGCUCCAAUUUCGUUUUCCUAUAAUGACUGAAUUAUAUUAAAUACCUAAAAGGUGCAAGAGACUCUUUCGAGAUCGCGCUCUUUGUAUUCAUUGGAAUAUGUAUAUGUAUAAUUGAUCGACCUUUAUAAAAAUGAGAAUAGAUAUGCGAAUAAAUGAUAGUUCUUGAUUAAAUAUGUCGAUUCUCUAUAUGAAUAAAGGGGAAAGAGAAGAUGAUGAUAUAAUUUUGUACUUGUGUUAAACGUAAUUAAUUAUAAAUUAAUACUUCUCGGAUUAACAAAAAAAAAAACGAUUGUACAUCGAGAAGAUUAUCCUUACGCAGGCGUAAGCAAUAAGUCGAAAGCCUUGUGUAGCUUCACUGUUGCUAAGGCUACCGUUGGUAGCCGGUCAACGGCAGCAAAUGGAUUGGAUGUAUCAAUGUCUAAUAAAUAUACGUUUAGUAUAGAAUUUACAUUUGUGCCAAGAGCACCACAAAAGGUUUUCAUUUUUGAACAUUUCUUCCUUUCAUCAAUUCAUUUGAUAAUAGAUAUGGGAAGGUGGGUACAUGUUGGAAAGAAAUCAAAUGAUUUUUACGGGAUCGUAAUAGUCUUAGCAACUGUAUGCAUGACAACAUUGGUGACAGGCGAAUCAUUGAUACAAUCGAACUGCAGCAUCGAUCCCUGUAUGUAUGGAAUUUGUUUGGAUAAUGACAACAGUAGUUCUUAUUCGUGUUACUGCAUCGAUGGAUAUACCGGAAUUAAUUGCGAAAUUAAUUGGGACGAUUGUUGGUCAAAUCCUUGCCUCAACGGUGGAGUAUGUACGGAUGCUGUGGCAGCUUACAAUUGUACUUGUUCCGAAGGUUUCAUAGGAAUAAAUUGCGAGCAAAAGUAUAGCGAAUGUGCGAAUCAACCUUGUCUCAACAAUGGUACCUGCCUCGAUUACGAUGGAUUUAUAUGUCAAUGUCCUGAUGGAUACUCAGGUGAUUAUUGUGAAAUCGAUGCUUCGGUCUGUAACGAUACGAUUUGUAAAAAUUACGGUGAGUGCAUCGAAGGACCAGGAUUCUCUUUCUUUUGUCGAUGUCCAGCAGGAUGGACUGGUCGAUUAUGUGAUGAAGAUAUUGAUGAAUGCGUUACUUCGCCGUGCAAAAAUGGUGGGCUUUGUAUAAAUGUUCCAGCUACUUACACGUGUGCUUGUUUAUUCGGUUUUACCGGCAAAGAUUGUGACAAAGUUAUUUUACCGUGUGAUCAAAAUCUUUGUCAAAACGGCGCAGUGUGUUUAUUAGAAGACAAUAAAUCAGUUUGUUACUGUGUACCUGAUUAUCACGGUACACUGUGCGAACUCAAAUAUGACGAUUGCGAGUCAAAAUCAGCAAAUUGCGAAAAUGGUGGCACUUGUAUCGAUGGAAUCAAUAGUUACACCUGUGCUUGUCCUCCUGAUUAUAGCGGAAUGAUUUGCGAAGAGUACAUUAUCUCAUCGACAUCAACACCGUUUAUGACAAAAGGCUCGAUAGAAGUAAAUGUUAGUAGCGUUAAGUCAAUCGAUACGUCUUCAUCGGAAUCUACACCUACGUCUAUGUUAUUCACAUCUACCAGUUCAAGUCUGUAUCCUUAUCCGAUCACCAGCAUGUUAUCAACGACAGUUUCUAAAACUAUCGAUCAUUAUACAAAAUGGUAUCCAUCGAUAGAAACAACAUCAGCUAUGGAGACAGAUCGGAACGUAGUCACGACUAGUACAGAAAAUGUCUCAUUUUUUACUGAGACAUCAUUGAUUUUUGUACAAAUGUCAACUAAAAAGGAUGCUUCAGAAACUCAUACCGUAUCAGAAGCAAGGAUUACCGAGGAAGAAACAAUUCCUACCACAUCUGAGAUUUCCGUACCAAUAACAGAACCUAUUAGUUAUCAUAACUUCACAGAUGGUACAAGAGCAUCGGACAUUGAUCAAGAUAAUAUUACGGAAUCAUUUUCAUCAAUAUCAGUUUCAUCGACUCAUCAACAAACGAGUAAAGAAAUAAAUAGUACGCCAUCGUAUACAACAAGUACAACUGGAUAUUAUCCGACAGUAGAAGUGACUGAUUUCAAGGAUGUUAAAAACGAUACAACUACCCGAUCCAGCCGCUUAUUUACUGAUGCUACAACGGCAUCAUCUAUUUUAGAUAAUGAUAAUUUUUUGGUAAAUACAACUUUAAUAGAAACUAUUUUUACGACGGAACCGCCAACCGUUUCCACAAUUUCGGAAGAAGAAUUGUCAUCCACGUUAACGUCAACGUCCGUUAUUACACCUAAGAGUUCAACGACGCAAUCUCGGGAACACAGCACUACUAUAAGUGCAAUUGUAAAUGGAACUGAAACUACAGUCAAUCUUGAUCUAGAAAAUAGUACAUUACAUACAAAAUACGAUCAAGUAUCCAUUGCGACGGAACAAUCGUCAACGAGCAUUGAAUGCAAUGAAAAUUCUUGUGUAACCGGAACCAAUAUGCCUUCUGCUCGCAAUGUAUCGGACUGCAACUGUACGGAACACGAGGAAGAAUGUAAAAGUAUUAAAAGCGCGGCCUUUAAUGGAAAGUCAUAUGCAAGACAGAGUAUUAAUAUUAACAUCAAUAAUGAUACUAUGAAUCUUCGGAUUUAUGUAAAACUUCGAACCCGUUUCAAAAAUGGUAUAAUAUUUCAUGUAUAUUUUGACGAUGAACGUUAUGCUUUAAUAUAUUUAGAAAGUAGUAUAUUGAAAUUUCAAUUUUCGUGCGGUUUGGAAACGAUGUUACUUGGCGAGAUUGAUUCCGCCAUUAAUAAUGGAUUUGAAGCGGAGAUCGAUAUGAGAUUUGAAUAUUAUAUUAUGAAUAAAACUGAUAAAUGUUCCGCUAGAUUGUUAGUAAAUGGUACUACAGCUGUAAGUGGUGAACAAAUGUUAUCAUUACGGGAAAAGUUUCCACAUCGUGCUACAUUAAAUUUAGGUGGCAUACCAUUGGCGUUUUCCCAUUAUUUUCCUCGUGUAGCCAUGGGAUUUAUUGGUUGCAUGAAUUCAUUGAUGGUAAAUGGUAUACAGAAAAAUUUUAUUCAUGAUUCUACUGAGACAUUUCAAAUUGAAGAAUGUACGUCAUUCUUUUGUUUAUCAAAUCCAUGUCAAAACUUUGGAGCGUGUGAAGAAACAAAUGGUGUUGUUCGUUGUCACUGCGUUGCCGGUUAUACAGGGACAUUAUGCGAACGUUCAAUAUGCGACGAGAAUCCUUGUUCGCUAGGUGCGACCUGUAUAAGUUCACCCGGAACUGGUUUUAUUUGCAUUUGUCCAAUUGGAACUCAUGGACUUUUUUGUGAAGAAGAUACCAUUGUUAUACGUCCGUCCUUUUCAAGUCUGGUACCAGGCUUCUCAUCAUAUAUUGCUUAUGGUGUUUCAAAUUCAAUAAAGGACACUAUGGAACUUAAAAUGAAACUCAUUCCACAUACUUUAGAUCAAAUAUCUCUCAUAGCUUAUUUAGGACAAAGUGGUUCGCGUCAAGAAAUAUCAGAUCAUCUCUCUAUAACGUAUGUACGUGGUUAUAUUAUGUUAACCUGGGAUCUUGGUUCAGGUAAAUCGGUAUUAACAAUUAACAACGGCACCGGAGCAUAUGCUCCUACUAGUGCGAUUAUCAUUCAUUUGUGCAGUGAUAUUUAUCUAGGCGUACGCAGAAUCUUCACAAAAACACCCCUAGCUUCUGUAUCGGCUGCAGCUGCACCAGGAAUAAAAAGCCACAAUCCACAUACAUUACAUAUUGGAAGAAAAGGGAGAGAUGCGUGGCUUGCCAUUGAUGGUACAGACAAUGUUACCGGCCAAGCAGCUGGCGUUAUGUCUCAACUUGACGUAUCUCCUAUACUUUACAUCGGAGGUCACAAAUCAAAAAAUUUUGAAAUGCUACCACAUGAUCUACCAUUACACACUGGUUUCUCUGGGUGUAUAUUUGAUAUCGAAUUGCGUACGAAGGAUACGGUCUUCCCUGUAACCAGUUCUAGUCCAGCCACUGGACGUGGUGUAGGUGAAUGCCACCGUAACGAAUGUAUUCGUCAUUCCUGCAAAAAUGGUGCAGUAUGCUUGAAUCAUGGUUCUACAUACAGGUAUCUAUUACCUUCUGUAAAAAUUAUUUUCUUUAAUAUUUCAUCAUUUACCAUGAAUUACAUAAUCUAUUUUUUAGUUGCAUAUGCACAAAGGAUUGGACAGGUCCGGAUUGUUCUGUAGCAGUGGAAAAACGUUUUUCUAGUAAUUUAUCAACCUGUCAUAUAUCAAAUCAAUAAAUAAUUACAGAAUGUCAUAUAAAAAAUCGAACAUAUUAAUAUUCUUCAUAUUUUAUUAAAUUAUUACAAACCUUGUUGAUAUAUUAAAUUAAAUAAUCAAUAAUUUGAUAUUCCACAGGAAGGAAUAGUUAACUAUUGAGAAUUUUAUUUCCUUUGGGUAGCGAAGUGACAAAGUAUGAAUUUAAAUGUACAAAUAGAACUGCAGCUGCUACACGAGAUUGUAAAUCAUAUUUACUGAGGUCAUGAGACCAUUCAAUGUUUCCCCAGUGUGAAAUCUAUAAAAUACGUGCAAUAAUGAAAAUGUUAAAUUGCACUUGUAAUACUUUACAUUUUUAACAAUUGUUUAUACAAUACCUGAUAUUCCUCUUCUAAGCGAGACAGUUUCACAGCUUCUUCAACGUUAAUUACUCUUUCAAUAGCAGCCAAAGUAAGAAUCACCGAUUUCAGUGCAUUAACUGCAUAUAAAAAACCUAGAUAUUUCAUAAAUCUUUAUUGUUUUAUCAUUUUUAUAACUUUUGAAGACAAAAUUGUGAUAUUUUACCAUGAACAGCAUUAAAAUCAUACGACGAUAAAUGUCUUGUUAAAAUAGUUUUGGUUUCUACUGGCACUGUAGGUGUAUCUAUACUUUGGGUUUUAACAAUAUUUACUUUAUAAUGAUCGCAAAACCAUUGCACUAAAGGAUCCCAUUUUUCAACUUGCAACUUAUAUAGAUCAUCUACCUCCUACAAUUAUAUAUUUCAUAAACAACUCUCGCAUCAUAUUAUAUAAAAUAAUUAAUUUUUAUAUUGUUUAUACUCACACUGGAAUGAAACAGAAUUGUAUCUAUUUCUAAACAAUUUGUAAUAUAAUUCACUAUAUCUAAUUUGGUCUGAUUGUUUGGAUUAUCCAAUACAGUAUUGCAUAAAGCUGUCUGAAAAAGAAGAGAAAAUAUGAAAGAAAAUUAAAUAAUGCUAUAACUAUUGUAUAAACUCACCAAGUGCAUAUUUUCUUUUUCGACAAUAUCUUUCUGUGCAUCCCAUUCUGUUGCCACUGCUAAAGCUAAAGCUUUAUUAUUUACUUCAAAUAUUUUCCCUUUAGGCGUUUUAAGUUUUCUUUGAUCCAAAGUUAUUUCAAAUUUUCCACCACUUGACAAAAUGUUAGUUCUUCGAUAAAAUCUUUUUACAGUAGCUAUAAUAAUAACAACAACGAUAUCUAUAUUAAAUACCUAAAGUUAUUUCAAAAAAGAAAAUAUAAAAUUGUUAUUACAUCAAAAUCUUUUCACUCUUACCCAUACUUCUUAUUAUCAUAAAAGUUCCUGUAAAUUGACGAUAUUUAAUAGAACUCAU